AUGGCGAACGUGGCAGUUAUGGCUACCACCACGAACAACACAACCACCACCAGCCGCUGGAACACGUCCUCUCUCCGCUCCGCCUUACCUUCUAUUACUUCUCCUUCGGCUUCAUUAGUCCGCUUCACCGCAUUUCCUCCUCCUUCUCCGCCAAAACUCCGGAUUUCCAAAGUCAAAUCCAAACCCCUACUUCCUCCAUUCACCGGACUUCGUACUCUCCCUCUCUUCGGUCCUGCUUCCUCAGAAUUUAUUGGCUUCGAUCAAGGUUUCACCGUUAUUAGCAACGGUGGUCGAGUCUAUGCUAUGAGACAUGGAAGGAAAGUGCCAAAACUCAACAGGCCCCCUGAUCAGCGUAAGGCACUCAUUCGAGGCCUAACAACUCAACUCCUUAAACAUGGUCGUAUCAAGACCACCAGAGCAAGAGCCAGUGCAAUUAGAAAGUAUGUCGAUAAAAUGAUCACCCUUGCAAAAGAUGGUUCUCUUCAUAAAAGGAGACAAGCCCUUGGCUUCAUCUAUGAGAAGCAGGUUGUUCAUGCUUUAUUUGCAGAGGUUUCUGAACGUUACGGCGAAAGAAAUGGUGGUUAUACAAGAAUUUUAAGAACCCAACCAAGGCGGGGUGAUAAUGCACCUAUGGCAUACAUUGAACUUGUGUAA